CACUGCUCAGAGUCCGGGCUCCUUCAACUGCACCAGUGCCCAGUGUAGCUGCAUCACUGCUCAGUGUCCAGGCUCCACCAUUGUUCAGAGUCCGGGCUCCUUCAGCUGCACCAGUGCCCAGUGUCCAGGCUCCACCACUGCUCAGAGUCCGGGCUCCUUCAGCUGCACCAGUGCCCAGUGUAGCUGCACCACUGCCCAGUGUCCAGACUCCACCACUGCCCAGUGUCCAGGCUCCACCACUGCUCAGAGUCCGGGCUCCUUCAGCUGCACCAGUGCCCAGUGUAGCUGCACCACUGCCCAGUGUCCAGACUCCACCACUGCCCAGUGUCCAGGCUCCACCACUGCUCAGAGUCCGAGCUCCUUCAGCUGCACCAGUGCCCAGUGUAGCUGCACCACUGCCCAGUGUCCAGACUCCACCACUGCCCAGUGUCCAGGCUCCACCACUGCUCAGAGUCCGGGCUCCUUCAGCUGCACCAGUGCCCAGUGUAGCUGCAUCACUGCUCAGUGUCCAGGCUCCACCACUGCCCAGUGUCCAGGCUCCACCACUGCUCAGAGUCCGGGCUCCUUCAGCUGCACCAGUACCCAGUGUCCAGGAUCCUUUAGAUACACCAGUGCCCUCAGCAAUGGCUGUUGACGAACACUGCAUUCCUGGAAUGGACCGGGUGGAUGCGUUGGCAGAGUGUCUGGUGGAGCUGCGCACACAGACAAGCCUCACACUUACCAACCAACAAGUUGCGACCAUUGUGGGUCUGUGGCAGAACCUGGACAAAUUUGAUAAAGACAGGGUGGUGUAUGCUGCUCGUCAUCAAGACAGGCUACUUACAGGACGUUUUAGGUCCCCAAAAAAGAAAGCUGUCUUCACUCCUGGUGUCGACAGCACAAAAAGGUGUGUUUUGGGUUCUAGCGGCUCUCCAGCACAGUGGCCUAAUUGCUGUCGCCUUGUUGAAAUGAUUUUCAUAAGGUUAUGUAACAUCCACCGAAGCCCCAAGAAACAGCGGACAGAAUCUCUGUCUAGAUGGGAUCUCAUUCUUCGUGAUUACAGAAAAAUUCGGCAGCUAAUCCUGAGCAAUGGAACGGUGAUGAAUGACACAACCCUUCAGCUAGUUGAGGUAAAUCAGAGGACCCUUACGACAUGGCACAAUAACCGUUUAAAGGGUCAGGAGGUCUCCUUGCUGUUGCAAGGGCUGGACCUUCCAGAGGCACGUCCAGUGGCUUUGGAUGUUUUGCCUCCAGCACGAGUACAGCCUGUUGUGCCUCCACAAUAUAGCCACCAGUUGCAUACCUACCAGAUGCCACCAGACACAGCUGGACAGGCAAAGACAAAGUUUAGAAAGAUUGCGCCCUCAGCUACCUGUACAUCUGCCACAGCAACUUCAAUCUGGCCAUCAGCCGUACACCCUCAGCGUUCAGCCACGUCCAGCCAGCUAAGGACAAUUUGUCCCAGGCCGACAGCACCACACCCAUUGGUUCCUGACACACCCACUGCCCCUGUUGUGUCUCAGAUGUUUCUGGUGCCCUGCCCAGCCCCAUUUUCCACCAUUAACCCUGGAGCAAUUUCCUCUGAGCCACCUGCAAAUGACACAGCCACUCCAACCAAACGAUCGUACAAUCGCACUGUAAAAGCAAAUUCGUGCAGAAAGUGUGGCCAAUUUCGUACUCAAGAAACUGGCCAUAGCCAGUACAAAGGCAAAAUAUAUUGCCCUAAUAAAGAAACAAUUACGAAGGAGCAGUGGUUACAGAUUAUGAGAAGAUAACUCAUUUAUUUAUGUGUGAUACAUUCAUUUUGUUCUCUUGGUUGGAUCUGUUCUGUUUUUUAUCUUCCAGCCAUAUUUAAUGUUAAAGAGUUAUACUGUGCACUUUUUUUUAUCUUGUAUUAUUAUUAUUAUUAUUAUUAUUAUUAUUAUUAUAAA